CCUUCUGCAGCUUGACGCUCAACACCAACCAUGGGCAUAUUCUGGUGGAUUACUCCAAGAACCUGGUGACCGAAGUCGUGAUGCAGAUGCUGGUGGACCUGGUAAUGUUCUGCGCCAAGUCCAGGGGUGUGGAGGCUGCCCGGGAUCACAUGUUCAGUGGUGAGAAGAUCAACUACACAGAGGAUCGAGCUGUGCUGCAUGUGGCCCUGCGGAACCGGGCAAACACACCCAUAGUGGUAGAUGGCAAGGAUGUAAUGCCAGAGGUCAACAGGGUUCUGGACAAGAUGAAGUCUUUCUGCCAGCGUGUCCGCAGUGGUGACUGGAAGGGGUACACAGGCAAGACCAUCACAGACGUCAUUAACAUCGGCAUCGGCGGCUCUGACCUGGGACCCCUCAUGGUGACUGAAGCCCUGAAGCCAUAUUCUUCAGGAGGUCCUCGGGUCUGGUUUGUCUCCAACAUUGAUGGGACCCACAUUGCUAAAACCCUGGCCCACCUGAACCCGGAGUCCUCCCUGUUCAUCAUUGCCUCUAAGACCUUUACCACCCAGGAGACCAUCACAAAUGCAGAGACGGCAAAGGAGUGGUUUCUCCAGGCUGCCAAGGAUCCUUCUGCAGUUGCAAAACACUUUGUUGCCCUAUCUACCAACACGACCAAAGUGAAGGAUUUUGGAAUUGACCCUCAAAACAUGUUCGAGUUCUGGGAUUGGGUAGGAGGACGCUACUCGCUGUGGUCAGCCAUCGGACUCUCCAUUGCCCUGCAUGUGGGUUUUGACAACUUUGAGCAGCUGCUCUCGGGGGCUCACUGGAUGGACCAGCACUUCCGCACAGCACCCCUGGAAAAGAAUGCUCCCGUCCUGCUGGCUCUGCUGGGUAUCUGGUACAUCAACUGCUUCGGAUGUGAGACGCACGCCAUGCUGCCCUAUGACCAGUACCUUCACCGCUUUGCAGCCUACUUCCAGCAGGGUGACAUGGAGUCCAACGGGAAGUACAUAACAAAAUCCGGCACCCGGGUGGACCACCAGACGGGUCCCAUUGUGUGGGGGGAGCCAGGGACCAAUGGCCAGCAUGCUUUCUACCAGCUCAUCCAUCAAGGCACCAAGAUGAUACCAUGUGACUUCCUCAUCCCUGUCCAGACCCAGCACCCAAUACGGAAGGGAUUGCAUCACAAGAUCCUCCUAGCCAACUUCUUGGCCCAGACAGAGGCCCUGAUGAGGGGGAAAUCUACAGAGGAGGCCCGAAAGGAGCUCCAGGCCGCGGGAAAGAGUCCAGAAGACCUUGAGAAGCUGUUGCCACACAAGGUCUUUGAAGGAAAUCGCCCAACCAACUCUAUUGUAUUCACCAAGCUCACACCAUUCAUUCUUGGAGCCUUGAUUGCCAUGUACGAACACAAGAUCUUCGUUCAGGGCAUCAUCUGGGACAUCAACAGCUUUGACCAGUGGGGAGUGGAGCUGGGAAAGCAGCUGGCUAAGAAAAUUGAGCCUGAGCUUGAUGGCAGUGCUCCAGUGACCUCUCACGAUGCUUCUACCAAUGGGCUGAUCAACUUCAUCAAGCAACAGCGUGAGGCCAGAAUCCAAUAAACUCAUGCUCAGCUGCAACCCCUGUUGUUACUGUUCCUUGUUGUCCCUCCUUACCAGAGCCGAUAUUGCAUGGUCCUGCCCCUCCCUUCUCAGAGCACCCUCUGGUUGUAGACUUGGGGCACAAACCCUUUGAGAAUAGCUGGUCUGGAAUUGCCACCCUCACCCCCUCCUUGUCUGCUCUCCCUCCGUUUUACAGUUGGUUGAAGUGUUUCAGUGCAGCUGAUUUUUCUGACCCAUAUUCAUAUUGUUCACAUCCCAGGUAGAAAAAUAAAGAUGCCACAAAAGAG